CGGUUCGGAGGGACAGUUUUUUUUCGCCUCGGGGCAAAGCCGCAUCUGGAUACGAGGUCUGCGGGAGAGGGAAGGGACGUAUAUAACGACAGAGAGCUGCCCGGGAUGGCAGGACAGGGGGAGACGAGAGAGGGGAAAGGGAAGGGGGUGGGUGAGGAAGUGUUGGGUUGGUUCGUUUGACAGACAGAUAAAGCAGCGGCUCCGCGCACACAAGGCAGCACACGCCACACACACAGCGUCUUGGUAGCAGAAGCAGACAGAAACACACCGAACGUUGGCAGCCAGGCAGAAAGUUUAGCGCCGCAGUAGGAAAAGAAAACACCGUGGAUCGAUGCACAGGUCCAUCCAGAGCCAGAUGAUGCCUAUCACAGAACUCGCCGACACCUUGUCGUUCGGGCUGGUGGGGAAGAUCAGAAGGAAGACACACGUGCUCGAGGACGACGUGCAGUUGGUGCAGGAGAAGUGGCGGUCGCAGGACCGGGCCACAGAGCUGCACGGCUGCGAGGCCCGUGCGGCCGCCGCCGUGGAGGACAGCAAGGACACCAUCACGGCCGCAUACAGCUUCAACGACUCCGUCAUCCGCCAGAGCAUGCGGCGGCGGUCGGGCUCGCCGGCAGCGUCGUCGUCGUCGGCAACCUUGUGCGACAGCGGCUUGAAACGGUCUGUGUCCAUGCAGCAGCCGUCUGUGCGAGACGGCCGCGUAGAGCAGCGCAGAGAGUCGCUGCCCCGCUGCUCGAUUGCCCGCUCGUUGGACAGAGACAUGCACGCCUUCCGCCGGAAGGCCGGCGACACCAUCAGCUCGCUGACGAACAGCGGCGUCAGCAUUUCCGACAGCGCCACCGACCUCGUGAGCGGGACGUCCUUCUCGGUCGGCACAGGCUCGAGCGGGACAUUGACGCCCUCGAAGGUCCCCACCCCGGCCGCCAAGAGCCAGUACCCGGUGCUUGGCAGUGGCGCCAGCAGCAGCGGCUACAACAGCCACUACUACGCCGGCACGCAACUCGCCAGCCAGGACGCGGAGGACACAGACACCUCCUCGAUCUCCUCCUUCAGUACGUCCAACGAGUUCCGCUUGGUCUUGGACGACCAGAUCAUCCCCGGCGUCUCUGGCACCGCCUCUGCCGGCAACCCGCAACUACAGCGGGUCCCUGGCGCCAGUCGCCCUCAAGAGAUGAUAUUUCUCGCCAACUAAUAACUAAUCACAGCAUUCCCCGCCUCUCUGAAACGAAAUGCACGGUAAUUGAAAGGGGUGGCCUUUUCUCUUAUUUAUUAUCUUACUUCCGACUAUAUAUCUUAACGUGCUCCAUGAUCCAUAACAGCUUCUUUGCAGCCCU